AUGAACAAUAAAUUUUUCCCUGCCAAUUUUAUAUUUAUUAUCAUAAUAAUCAUAGGUACAAUUAUAUUUUUAUCAUCAUCUCAUUGGCUAAUAAUAUGAAUAGGCUUAGAAUUAAAUUUAAUAGGAAUUUUACCCCUAAUAAAUAUUAAAUCUAAAAAUUUUGAAAUCGAGAGAUCUAUAAAAUAUUUUAUUAUUCAAUCAAUAAGAUCAUCGUUAUUUAUUAGAAGAUCAAUCUUUAUAUAUAUAUCUUCAAUUUCUAUAUUCUCAAUAUUUAAUAACUCUUUAUUCUCCCCUAUUAUAAUUAUUUCUCUACUAAUUAAAUUGGGAAGAGCUCCUUUUCAUUUCUGACUACCUUCUAUAUGUAAACAAAUAAGAUGACUAAUAUUAUUUUUAAUUUUAACAUGACAAAAAUUAGCACCAUUAUUUAUAUUGUCUUUCAUUAACUUUAAUUAUAUUAUUAUAAUCCUAUCAGCUUUCAUAAGUUCUAUCUUAGGUAGAAUUCAAGCUAUUAAUCAAUCUAGCCUACAAUUAAUUAUAGUAUAUUCAUCAAUUUCUCAUUUAGGAUGAAUAUUACCGAUCUGCUUUAUCAAUAAUUUUCUAAUAUUCAAUUAUCUACUAAUUUAUACAAUUAUUAUUCUCCCUAUAUUUAUUACAUUUUCUAUAAAAUCAACCUUUUUCACAUACUCAUUAACAGAACAAAAUAUAUAUAUAAAUAAAGAAAACAUCUUCACCAUAAUAUUAAUUUUAUCCCUUGCAGGUAUUCCCCCUACAUUAGGAUUUCUAUCAAAACUAAUAGUUCUCAACUCACUAUUAAAUAUAAAUAUGAUUUUAUUAUCUUUAUUAUUAUUUAUUGGAACCCUUAUUAGACUAUAUUUUUAUCUAAAUUUAAUAAUACUACUAAUAAUCAAAUCAUUCUUUAUAUUUAAAACAAAUAAAAUAAUAACAAAUAUAAAAUCAAUUAUAUGUUUUAAUAUAUUAGGAACAAUUAUUUUUAUCCCAAUAUUACUAUAUGCGAUGAAUAUUCUCAACAAAUCAUAA